CUAACUCCACUCUCUAGAAAUUUCCUAAACCCCUAAGAAAACCCUAACGCUGUUUCUCAUUCACCUCCUCCUCCUCUACCACCACCACCACCACCACCGUUAAGCCAUGGCUUCGCAAUCUCUCCGCCUCCGUCGAGCUCUAACCUCACUGUCCACUGUACACCGCUCUCUUUCUUCUCCAAUAAUCCCUACCUCCUAUCCUCGUCUCUUUGAAAACCCAAUUUCUCCCUCACCGUUCGCGCGAUCGCCCGAAAUUUCUCUCUUCCAAACGCGAACAUUUACAGGAUCGCGAAUUUCUCUCUCAUCCGCAGGAAAAAAACAGUAUAGGGUUUACAAAGAAGGGGAUGAGUUGACAGAGGAUAUGGUGCUAUUUGAGGGCUGCGAUUUUAAUCACUGGCUGAUUACUGUUGAUUUUCCUAAAGACCCGAAGCCCACACCUGAGGAGAUGGUUGCCACUUAUGAGCGGAUCUGCGCUCAGGGACUUGGAAUCAGUAUUGAGGAGGCGAAGAAAAAAAUAUAUGCUUGUAGCACCACUACUUAUCAGGGGUUUCAGGCUUUGAUGACAGAAGAGGAAUCGGAAAAGUUUAAAGAUAUACCUGGAGUUGUUUUUGUAUUGCCAGAUUCUUAUAUUGAUCCGCAAAACAAAGAGUAUGGAGGAGACAAGUAUGAAAAUGGAAUAAUAACACCAAGACCGCCUCCUGUUCAAUAUAGGAAGGGAGGAAGAUUCAAUGACAGGAAUAGAAACCCUCCCCAAACAAGAUAUGACCAGCAAGGAGGUCCAAUGCCAAAUCAACGUGGAAGUCCCCAGUACAGUCAACAAGGAUAUAUACAAGGUGGUGAGAACUAUGGACCUCCACGAAAUUACCCACCACAGCAAAAUUAUGGUCCGCCAGGACAAGGAGACAGAAUGCCAAUGAACAAUAGGGAGCAUGUUCCUGGAGGAAGGGGUGCAUAUCAGGCAAAUACAGUUCCAUAUCAGGGCUCUUUCAGCCAUGGCCAGCAGGGAGGCUAUCCCCAAGAUCAAAGAAGAGGUCAAUAUCAGGGCAAUUACCAAGUUCAACAGGGAAAUCAUUAUCCACAAGAUCAAAGGGGCUUCCAACAUACUGGAACUAAUGGGCAGGUUUCAAAUACUGGCUAUGAACAGGGUUCGAGUACUGGCUAUGGGCAGGGUUCAAAUGCUGGCUAUGGGCAGGGUUCAACUGCUGGUGGCUAUGGGCAGGGUUCAAAUGGUGGCUAUGGGCAGGGUUCAAAUGCUGCUGACUAUGGGCAGGGUUCAAAUGCUGGCUAUGGGCAGGGUUCAACUGCUGGUGGCUAUGGGGUUCAAAUGCUGGCUAUGAAAAUGCUGGCUAUGGGCCAGGGUUCAACUGCUGGUGCUAUGGGGCAGGGUUCAAAUGCUGGCUAUGGGCAGGGUUCAACUGCUGGUGGCUAUGGGCAGGGUUCAAAUGGUGGCUAUGGGCAGGGUUCAAAUGCUGCUGACUAUGGGCAGGGUUCAAAUGCUGGCUAUGGGCAGGAUUCAAAUACUGGCUAUAGGCAGGGUUAUAUGAAUGAAGGUCAAAGGUUCUCUCAUAUGGGGCAGAGGAACAUGCAAGGAGAGCAAGCAAAUUAUGCACCAAGCGGACAACCAGGGACAAAUCAAGGUAUUCUUGCUGCAAUGAUAAGAUGAAAUGCCAUUUUUGCAAUGAUAAGCAGGGUAUCAUUUAGGCAAGUUGUAGUGAGAAAUGACGACGGCAUAGGGUAAAAUCAAAGAAAUUGAUGUUUGAACAUGAAACCUUUGAAGGGAAGAUACUAGGAGUCUCCAUACGGUUCUUUUAAGGCAAUGGAUUGUAAAUCACUCUUAUCCUGACUUGAGAGCAAGGAUACAACAUAAAACCUUUUUGAAGUGCGUCGCAGUAAAUAGUCUUGCCUUUCAUAUUUACAUUCAGCUGAUUAGGAAAGUAGGGAGUAACCCUUUCCCAUUUGAUAUAAGAACCUGAAAUCAGUUAUCUGGACGUACAAGUAUAUUGCAUAUGAUGUGGGCUUAGCGCCAGAA